GUGACGUAGGACACGUGGAAAAACGGAUGAGCACACGGCUCAGAAAUUUAAAAAAAAUAGAAAAGCUUGGUGGAAAAGGAAAAUUAACAGACAUUUUAAUUAAAAAGUUAACCACAUAUUAUAGACUAGCGAUAAGACGAAAUGUAGAUUCCGUGACCGAUAUGAGAAAAGCCAUAAUGGCAACAUUACACCAUCUGUGUUCCACAAAUGAAAAUCCAAAUCAUGACAAUUGUCCAAUCGGAGCCGACAGCUGGUGCGAGUGGCGGAAGGCUCAGGCGGCAGGUCAAGAAAAAUUGUUCGACCAUCCACCCCCACUUCACCCAGAUGUCGCUAAACACAUACGACCUAUUUACGAAGAACUUUCGAAGGAAGAUCUGCUAAUUCGAUGUUUAGGUGGCCAUACCCAGAAUUCGAACGAAAGUUUCAAUUCUACAGUCUGGCGCCUAGCACCGAAACAUUUAAAUUCAGGCCUAAAAAUUAUCGAAAUUGCCGCUUUCAUUGCUGCCAGCAUUUUUAAUGAAGGGUACUCGUCCAUCCUUCGAAUAAUGAACGCACUACAAAUAAACGUUGGACAACAAAGCAAAUUUUUUGCCGAUACGCACGACGCGCAACGAAUCUCGAGGCAGGAGCGCCGCAGAUCAAGCAGCACGAAGGAGGCUCGAACAGCUUGCACACUGGUUCAAAUGCAACAAAACGAAUUUCAUGAGGAAGCGGAAGGCUUGCUGUAUGGGCCUGGUAUAGCAGACUAACCUCUGAUUACAAUAAGAAUUGGAUAUGCUACAUUGUACACAAUCUGUUACUCUUCGUGGUGAAGUGCUUAUGAAGAUUAUGUAAAUACCAGGAAUAAAAAGUACUAAUUCC